UCCUCCUCCUCUUCGGCGGCGGCGGCGACCUCCAAGAGCAAGAAGGCCAGCUCGGGGCUGCGGCGGCCCGAGAAGCCCCCCUACUCCUACAUCGCUCUCAUCGUCAUGGCCAUCCAGAGCUCGCCCUCCAAGCGGCUGACCCUCAGCGAGAUCUACCAGUUCCUGCAGGCCCGCUUCCCCUUCUUCCGCGGCUCCUACCAGGGCUGGAAGAACUCGGUGCGCCACAACCUCUCGCUCAACGAGUGCUUCAUCAAGCUGCCCAAGGGGCUGGGCCGCCCGGGUAAAGGCCACUACUGGACCAUCGACCCGGCAUCCGAGUUCAUGUUCGAGGAGGGCUCCUUCCGACGGCGGCCCCGGGGCUUCAGGAGGAAAUGCCAGGCGCUGAAGCCCAUGUACCGCAUGAUGAACGGGCUGGGUUUCGGCGCCUCCAUCCUGCCGCAGGGCUUCGAUUUCCAGGCGCCCGCCGCCUCGCUCGCCUGCCACUCCAACGGCUACAACCUCGACGUGAUGCCCAACGCCGUGGCCGGCGGCUACGAGGGGCUGGGCGGCGGCCACCAUGUCCCGCACAUGUCGCCCAACCCCGGCUCGACCUACAUGGCCAGCUGCCCGGUGACUGCCAACGGGGACUACGGCCCCGACAGCAGCAGCAGCCCCGUGCCCUCCUCGCCGGCUAUGGCGAGUGCCAUCGAGUGUCAUUCGCCCUAUGCCAGCCCUUCGGCCCACUGGACAGCCUCGGGGGCCUCGCCCUACAUCAAGCAGCAGGGCCUGCCCGCAGCCAACGCCGCCCCCUCGGCCAUCCACCCCAGCGUGCCCUCCUACUCUCUGGAGCAGGGCUACCUGCACCAGAGCCCCCGCGACGACCUCUCAGGUAGGGAGGGGGACGGGGCGAUCCUCACCGAGGCUUCAGGACUCCUCCGGCCUCGGUGGGAAGGGGAGAAAAGAGAGGGGAGAAAGGGGUCGGGGCUGUAUGGGGCCGGGAGGGAAGGGGUGUCGGGGGGGGGGGUUCAGGCGGUGUGGCUGAGAGCGUCGCUCCAUCUUGUCCUGCUGGGGCUGCUCCGUGGAAGCAGAGCUCUGUCAUUCCGGCUCCAUCACGGCUCCAUCCCGGGCCCUUUGCCAUCUCGGCCCGCACUUCCCCCCCGAGUACACCGCUUUCCGCACAGUAAUAGAAAAACGCGUUAAAUAUUCUCCGCAAA